ACGUCCUUCUUCAGUCUCCUCUCCUCUGUAGCGACCGGAAGCGCGUCCAACAACUUUUGCAUUCGUUGUUUUUUUAAUAUAUUUUCUGCAGCGUUCUUCGUCUCAUUCGUUUUGCUUCCUCUUUUACAAACACAAUAAGAGCGCGUUUUAAGGAGCGGGUCGCACACCAGCAGCGUCAAGCAGCCUUUUACCCGGUGGUGAACAAACCCUGAAAUUGGCGCAGGAUGUAUUGACAUCUCCUCUUUCCUCUCUGAAAUGGAGCUCUGGCUGCAGGGCUCCUCUUGGAACGCAUCCACACUGUUCCACAACACCAGUAUGCCUCUAAACGCCACUGGGAAUUACACCAACGACCAGUUCAUGGAAGACAUCCUCCUCGAAAUCCUGGGUCCAAAACGAUCUCCCUUCUUCCUCCCCGUCACCAGUGUUUACCUUCUCAUCUUCAUCACCGGCUUGUCUGGGAAUGUGCUCACAUGUGCAGUGAUAGCAAAGCACAAGAAGAUGCGAAACCCCACCAACCUCUACCUGGUGAGCCUGGCCGCGUCGGACCUCCUUGUGCUGUUGUUCGGGAUGCCUCUGGAGAUCUACGACCUUUGGCAAAACUACCCGUUCCCCUUUGGCGAGGGCGGCUGCUACUUCAAGACCUUCCUCUUCGAGACGGUCUGCUUUGCCUCAAUCCUCAAUGUCACGGCUCUCAGCGUGGAGAGGUAUAUAGCCGUGGUGUACCCGCUCAAAACGCGAUACCUGUCGACCAAACAGCACGCCAAGCGGGUCAUCACCAUCGUGUGGGUGGUUUCGAUGAUAUGUGCCAUCCCCAACACCUCCCUGCACGGGAUCUUCUACCUCCCAGAGAGAAUGGAGGAGUCGGCUAUAUGCGCUGUGCUGAAGCCCCUGUGGAUCUAUAACAUGCUCAUGCAGAUCACCACUGUGUGCUUCUACUUUGUGCCCAUGAUGGUGAUUAGCGUGCUGUACCUGGUGAUGGGCCUUCACUUGUGCCGGGAAAGGCGGCAGCCCGGCGGGAACCUGGCGAAGAACUGUAGCAGUAUCAUUCGAAGGAAGAUCAGUGGGAACGGGCGCAGGAGACAGAUCAACAAGAUGCUCUCGAUCGUGGUGGCAGUGUUUGGAGUCUGCUGGGCGCCAUUCCACAUCGAGAGGCUCCUGUGGAGUUCCAUCAGCCAGUGGACCGAUUUGAUGUACAACAUUUAUCAGUACGUCCACAUCGUGUCGGGCGUCUUCUUCUACCUCAGCUCCGCAGUCAACCCCAUCAUCUACAGCCUGCUCUCCACGCGGUUCAGAGAGUGUUUCCGAGAACUCGUUUGCUCCCAGACGGAGGAUAACAAUUCUGUCAGAGAUUCGCCACCAUUCCCGAAGAUUUUAGUGGAACCCUCUGUCUCAAGUGGCAGAGCCCAGGCUGAAGGGAAGGACUCCAACACUUGCAUCCCUUUGCUGUCUCCUAACAUGACACUGAGCAUGGACACUGCGAUCCUCACAUGUGCAUGUAAAGAGACCUCUGUGUUCUAACUUAGACUAGAUUUGAAUAAGCUCACAAGCAACAGAGAAACCAUAGUUGGACAUUUUGGACACAGUCAAAUGAAAAAUACAUUUUAAUGUCUCCUUAUGUUAAUUAUUAAUUUAUCUCCUGUUACAUGCUAAAUGUAAAAGUGUUAUAUCAUAAGUGAGUAUUUUUCAGAAAAAUCCCUCUCUUUUCUCUCUUGCAAAAUGACUCAUUUUGAACUUUGUUCCAUAAAUGUAUCCAAUAAAAUGUGAUUUUGGGUUACGAUGCUAACCGACAUCAUAUAAACAAGUGGUGAAGCUAGAGACUUGUGUUUCCUCAAAAAACGACAAGUCUGGGUUUUAUGAGACCAAAAAGAUGUUUCUACACUUUGUACACAUUAAACAAAGGGAUAUAACGUGUUAAUUAGUGAGACUUAAAGGUGCUUAUUAGCGGAUUCAUAUCCUUGAUGCUAAGGUAACCGUCUGCUAGCUCCAGUGGUAUUGAUGUUCUCGUUUAACACUGCGAGAAAGUGAAGCUGUUUCUCAAAGGUUUUGAAUGGUUUCUUUAAACUUACAUGUCAUUAAAUAGCUUGUACGUGAAGUUUUGAUUAGUUUGUUUGCUAUGAAUCAUAUUAUUCAACAGUGCCUGCAUAUUUCACCUGCUGUCUUAUUCUGUGACUGCUGUAUGCCUUAGAAGUUCAAUCCAGAGGGGAACUGGGACAAUCCAAUCCAAUCUAAAUGAUGCAUGUUCUUGUUUUCUUUUUUUUUUUGUAUUUGGAAAAUUGAUAUGUUGCCGGGCAGCAAAAACAGGUCAACUGCUUCUUCUUGUGAACAAAGACUGUAAUGCUUCACUGUGAAAUUUUCCUAUUUUUUCUCAUGCACGAGAUGUCAUUGAAUGGUCAGCCCUUGUUCAAUGUGAUUGCAAAAAAAAAAGAUUUUGGCUUUUGUGAAAUGCCUGAUUUAAAAUAAAUAUAUGUUGAAGCUGUCCACACGUAGCUAUUAUUAUCUUUCAUACCCAUCGUAAUGCUUGCUGUUCUGUUUCUUUGAUGACUGACAUAUGAAUGCAGAAAUCAUCAUCAUGAUUGUAUUGUGUUAUUGUUGCUUUGUGGAAGGCUGCAUAAGCCUGUCAUUUAUCUCAAAUAGCAAGCCUCAACAAAAGCAGAGA